AUGGCAGUCGGGAUGGGGAUAGAGCAUUGGCAAGUGGGUGGGCGGUCAACGAGGAAGUGCCUAGGAAGCGCGAGGCAGCAGCGUCGCGGGGACGACGUCCCGGCCCGGGACACACCGCCGGCGCGCCGACCGAGGAAGGGGCCGGGGAAGGGGCGGAGCGCGGCGGACGGGGGCGGUGCGCCGCCGGCGACGGCGCGAGAAGGCCACGGAACCGGAGUCAGGAGAGGAAGGAGAGGCGGAACAAGGGGGCCGGAGGGAACCUGCGGAAGGAGCAGGGGCGAAACCGGCGCUGCAGCACGACCGCGAACGGGGGCACAAACAGCCGGGGCGCGGGGGGCGGCGGCCCCCCGCGGCCGCCAAGGGCGGGGAGGCAGGCCGGGGCGGAGGCCGGCCCGCGCCCCGCGGGCGCGCCGCGGCCGCAACAACCAACCCCGGCGCGAGAAGCGCCAAGGAACAGGAAACGAAGAGAGGGCGCGCCCGGGCGGGACGCGCCGGCCGCGGGCGAGAACCAAAACGACGCGCGGCAACGGAGAGCGCGGCGCGCGCAGCGAGGAAGAACGCAGCAAAAGGCGAGACGGGGGGGAAGGGCAGAAGCCCGCGAACCAGCGAGGGGGGAACGCAAGGGGCGCCCGAAGCCAGCCGGCCGAGGGCACGGCGGCCGGGGGGCACGCAACCGGCGCCGCCAACCCCGGCGCCCCGGGGCGGGGGGCGCGGGGGCGGACGGGGGCCGCCCGGGGGCAGCGCGCACGCGGCGGGCCCAAAAGCAGAGGCCGCGGCGGCGAGCGCCACGGCGAGCGGGGGGGGAAGACCCGCGGACACGGCCGGGGCGAACGGCGGCCGAACGGGACCCCGAGACCCCCGAGCGGGCCCAACGGAACGCGCCGACCGCGACCCCAGGGCAGGCGGGAACACCCGCGGAGGGGAAGCAGAGCAAGAAGCGGAGGAAAAGAAACGGACCAGGAGGCCCCGAGGAACGGCGAGCGAACCGGGAAGAGCCCAGCGGGAGAAGCGGGCGCCCGCGGCGGCCGAAGGGGAGGCGGGAGAAGCGGCCGCAGCGGCGGACCGGGCCCAAGGCCCCGGGAAGGGGGCGCCGGAGAGGGGGAGAGCCCCGGCGGGCCCGGACCCGGGCGCACCACGAGGCGCGGGCGGCGAGGCGGGGGGGGGGAAGGCAGCCCAAAGCGGGCGGGAAAGGCCGGCCAAGGCGAAAGACGGGCGAGAGACCGAGAGCGAACAAGGACCGCGAGGGAAAGAGGAAAAGGACGGGGAAAAGAGAGGCAAAGAGGGCGGGAAAGGGGCGGGAGGGAAGCGGAGGGGGGCCGGCGAGGCGCCCCGGGCGGAGGGGGAACGGCGACGAGCCGGGCCGCCGAGCGGCGCGGGGCGCGGACCGACGCGGAGCGCAGCGGCGGCCCAAGCCCGGGCCGGAGAAACGCGCGCGGAGACGCCGGCGCAGCGAGGGGGACCACAGCGCGCGCCGGCAAGGCGGGGCGCGGCACCCGCGCGCGCCGGGCGGCGGCCAGCGGGCGCCCCAGGCGGCCCGGCGGGAAACACGGACCAAGGAGGCGGACAGGGGGGCGAGGCAACGGGCGAGGAAACCCGGAAGGCGCAAGGAAGCGGACGGGCGGGAGCCCCGCGAGGGGGGCACCGCCGACCGACCGCGAGCGGCGGAGAAGGGGGCGAGGGAGAGCAGGCCGGGCGGGACCCGAAAGAGGGGGAACGAGGCCGGAGCGGGGCGAAGCCAGAGGAAACGCGGGGGGAGGCCCGCAGCGAGACGGACGGGCAAAGCGGGCGGCGGACGGGGGGAGAGGGGCGAAAGACGAAGCGAACCGGCGAGGAGCGGGGGCCCGCCGAAGGGGCCCGCAGGAGAGCGGGAGCGCGGGACGAGGGCGAGCGGGGAAAGCCAAGGAGGAGAGGCAGCGGGGGCGCAACGCCCGCGACCGAGGCGCAAACGGGAAAGAGGGAGGACGGCGCGGCGGCGGCGGGGAGCCGCGCCACGGAAGCGAGAGCGCCAAGGGGGCCAGGGGGGGAAGCAGAACGGGCGAGGCGGGAGGAACCGGAAGCCGGGGGACGGGGCCCAACGGCGCGCGAACCGAGAACCCACAAAGGGGGGGGGCGAGGAAGACAGCAGGACGGGGGCAGGGAAGGCGAAAGCCGCGAAGGAGGGGGAACAACGCACCGGCCGAAGCAACGAGCCCCGAAAAGGGAGGGCGCGGAAGCGCGCGACCGAGACCCGGCCGGCGGGGCAAGAGCCAGGCCCCGAGGAGGAGGAGGGCGCGGCGGGCGCGGCAAAACCCGGGGCGCGAGCCCGGGCGGAGCGGCCGGCGGGGCAGAGCGGGGGGGAGGAGCAAAGAGGCAAAGGAGAACGGGGAAGGCCGAAGAGGGGAAAGGGGCCAGGGGAACGGCACGGGCACAGGGGGGAGGCGAGCCGAAGAGACGGGGGAAGCCCGGCCGACAGCGCGGCCGCGCGCGAGCGGCGAAAGGGAAGCGGGGGAAAAGGCCCGAACCGGGACGGGGCGGCGGACGGCGACGGGAGGGAGGCCGGAGACGGCGGCGGGGGCCGCGGGAAGAGGGAGCGGGGCGGGGGAACAGCCCGCCCACCCGGGAAACGACGCAGGCGGAGGGAGGGGCCAGCGGCGGGAAGAGCACCGCACGGCGCGCGGGGGCCGGGGCGCCCCCGGCGGCCCAGGAAAAGCCGGAGGACCGAGGGCCGCCCACGCCCGGGCGGACGCAGAACCGCAGCAGGGCGCCAAGGGGAACAGCCGCGGGCCAAGGGAACAAGGGAGGCAAGGGAAGGCGGCAAAAGGGAGCCGGAACCGCGGGAAAAGGAGGGGCGCGGAGGGCGGGGCCCGGGGGCCCAGGCCCGAACCCGGCGGCGGGCGGCGGACGGCGCGAGCGGCGCCCGCGGCGAGAGCGGGGCGCCGCGGGCCGGCCGGGGACGGACGGGGAACGGCCCCGCCGGGGGCCGGCCCCGGGCGGCGAACAGGCGACGCAGAACGGGGACGGACAAGGGGAAGCCGACGGGGGAAGGAAAACAAAGCAGGGCGAGGGGCCCGGCGGAGGCGCACGCAAGGGGAGGGCGGCCCAGGGCGCGGAAGGGCAAAGGGAAGAAAGGCAACCAAGCGCGGGGAAACGGCGGGAGGAACGAGGACGCGCGGAAGGGAGCCAAAGGCCGCGGCAGCGAAGGAGGGACGCGCAGGAAGGGAGGAACGAGAGGCCCACGGGCCCGGGCGACGAGCCAGCGAAACCACAGCCAAGGGAACGGGCGGGGCGGAAGCAGCGGGGAAAGAAGACCCGGGGGAGCGGGACGCGAGGCCGACGGGGGGAAAGGACGGGAGAGGGGGAGGAGAAGGGGGAGCCGGAAACGGCGACGGGGAAAGACCACGACGGGGAACGGGAGGGACGGAGGCCGGGAAGCGGAGGCGGGGCGGCGCCCCGCGGGGGGACCCAAGGCCGCCACGGCGGCCGAGCCGGGCGGAAGACAGGGGCAGGGGGGAGGGGGCGGGGGCGGCACAGCGGGGAAAAGAGAACGCAGGGGGCCGAAGAGGAGCGCAACGAGAACAGAAAGCGCGGGGGGAACAAAAGGGGAAAAGCGCGGGGGAGGCGGAGGGCCAGGACGAAGACGAACCGGGAAAGCGGGGCCGAGCGAGCCGGGAGACCGGCGGAAGGGGAAGCGAGAGGGGGCAGAAAAGGGACCACAGGGAGAACGGGCGGGGGGCAGCCAAGCGGGCAGAGCGACGGGGCGGGGGAGCCGGCGAGGGCGGCGCGGCCGAGCAGGGGGAAGCAGAAGGCACCAAGGGGGGAGGGGCACCCACCAAGAGGGAACGGGAGCGGGGGGAGACCGGCGGGAGACAGGGGAGGGGACCCGACGGAGGACCGCGGCGCGAGGGGAAGGCAACCGAGGACGAGAGGAACCGGGGAGGCGCACAAGGGGGCAGCGCGCGGGGGGAAAAGCCAGGGGCGCGAAGCGACCGGGCGCGGGAGGAGGACGGAACGCCGCGAAGGCAGAAGCCGGGCCAGAAGCGACGCCGGGGGCCGCCGCCCGGGGGCCGACCCGCAGGAGGGGCCCGCCGGCCCCCAAAGGCACGGGCCGGGGGCCAAGCCCGCGCGGCGGACGAGCCGCGCGGGCCGCCGGGAAGGACAAGGCCCACCGGGCGGCGGGCGGAAGCCGGGGCAGACGACGGAAAGACGCGACGGGGGAGGGGAAGGGGCAGAGGGGCCGGGCGGCCACGAGCCACGGAGAGGCAGCCCGGGGGCGCGCCGAGGCGGCCCGCCCCCCGCGGCCCCGCCAACGGCCCGCCCGGAGGCACCGAGGGGACGCCCCCCGGCCCGAGAGCACCACGCGGGCACCAAGGCCCCCAGAGGCCCGAGGGCACGACGGCGCACGGCCGGCGAGGCGCAAGGCCCGAAGCGGGAGGCCAAGGCCGAAGACGGGCCAGGGGCAAACCACCGGGCCGAACGGGGGACGCGGGCAAGGAAACGGGACGGGGCCGACACGCAACCAGGAGGGGGACGGGGACAGGGGCAACAGCGGGCGGGCAACACAGGAGAAAAACAGCCCCAACAACCCGCGAGGGGGGCGCACGGGCGGGGACGGACACCGGCCGGCAGCGCACGGACAAGGCGAGCCGAGGGGGGAGGCGCGCCGGCGCACCAAGGCGAGGAGCCAAGGAGGGGCACACAGCCAGAGGGGGGAGGCGGGGGAGCCAACAGCGCAAAAGAGGGGGGAGAGCAAAAGCACGACCGCCCCCAGCCACGGGGCCGAGGGGAGAACAGCCAGGCCCAAAGGGGGCAACAACGGGGACAGAGCCCAAGGCGCCGGGCAAAGGGGAAGGAAAAGCACCAAAGAACAACGCAAAGAAAGGGAGAAGAGGGGCGAAGGCGGCACAAAAAAGGGGGGAGGGGCGGACGGGGGGCGAGGGGGAGGAGGGGCGGAAGGGGAACACGGAAAAAAGAAAAAAAAAGACCGAGACGGGAGAAAAAAGGCGCAAAAGGGGGGAAAAGGAGAGCACAGGGGGCGAAAGGGAGCGGCAAAAAAGGCAGGGCAAAAGACCGAAAAGGGAAGGGGGAGGGGGGGGGGCACCGGAGACAGGGGGAGGGGCCGCCGGCCACAGCGCAACGGGGGCCGAAGGCGCGGGAGGGGGGGGGGAGGCACCCCCCGGGGGGGCCAGCAAGGCCGGGGCCGGGGCAGGCGCGAGGCCAGACGGGGGCAGCGGGAGAGCCGGCAAAGAAGCGGGGGAGCCCCCGCGCCACCGCGACCGCGCGAGGGGACAGCAAAGCGAACCGGGGCGAAGCGAGGCGGAGAAAAAGGGAGGGCGAGCGAACCGAGCGGAGGCGGGGCGGGGGGGGGGGGGAGGGGAGGGGGAAGGGGCACACCGGAGGGCGAAGAGGCGAAAAGGGAAGGGAAAGAGGGGGAAGGGGAGGAGGGGGAAGCGCCCGGGAGGAGGGAAAAGAAGAAGAGACGAGGAGCAAGAAGGGGGGAGGCGAGGGGGGGGAAGGGAGCGAAGCGAACCAGAGGAAGGAACAGCCCAAAGACCAGGGCGCGGCGCCGCGCCAACGGGCCCGGGGCGCAGGGCGGCGGCACGGGGAACGGGGCGCAGGAAGGCGCCGACGGGCCCGGGGCGCCGGGCGGCGGCACGGGAAACGGGGCGCAGGAAGGCGCCGACGGGCCCGGGGCGCCGGGCGGCGGCACGGGGAACGGGGCGCAGGAAGGCGCCACCGGGCCCGGAGCGAAGGGCGCCCACGCCCAGGGGCAGCCAAGGGGCCCGGGGCGCCCGCCGGCGGGGCCCAGGGCGCCCCAAGGAGCCCGGGGGGCAACGGGGGGGGGAGGCGAGGGGCACAGGGGGGCAAAAGGAGGGAGCAGGGGGAAACAAGGAGAGCCCGGGGGCCAACCACCAGGCCCAAAAGAGGGGCACGCAGGCAAGGAAGGGGACACGGCAACGAGCAAAGCGGGCCAGGGGGGCGGGACGGAACAAGCGCAAGCGGGAAGACGGAGACAAGGACAAGAGCGGGCAACACACGAGAAAAAAGAGGGACCAACAGGGGGCAAGGGGGGCGCACAGGCGGGGACGCACACGGGCCAGCAGCGCAGAGGCAAGGAAAAGCGAGGGAGGGAGGCGCGCGGACGCAGGGAGACGAGGAACCAAGGAGGGCAACCGCGAGGAGGGGGAGCGAGGGGAGCGCACAGGGCAAAAAGAACACGAAACAAGAGGGGGGAGAGCAAGAGCACGACCGCCGCCAGGGACGGGGCCGAGAGCCACCAGGCAGGCCCAAAAGGGGCAAGAAGGGGGACACAAGCCAAGGCGCGGGGAAAAGGGGGAAAAAAGCACCAAAGGACAACGCAAGGAAAGGGGGAGAGGGGGCGAAGGGGCCACACAAAAGGGGGGAGGGGCGGACGAGGGAGGGGGGGGAGGAGGGGCGGAAGGGGAACACGGAAAAAAGAAAAAAAAAGACCGAGACGGGAGAAAAAAGGGCAAAAGGGGGGAAAAGGAGAGGAGAGGCGGCGAAAGAGAGCGGCAAAAGAGCAGGGCAAAAGACCGAAAAGGGAAGGGGGAGGGGGGGGGCACGGCAAACAGGGGCAGGGCACCGCAGGGAGGGGCAGGGCACCCCAGGCAGGGGCAGGGCGCCGGGCAAAGGGGAAGAAAAGCACCAAAGAACAACGCAAAGAAAGGGAGAAGAGGGGGCGAAGGGGCCACAAAAAAGGGGGGAGGGGCGGACGGGGGGCGAGGGGGAGGAGGGGGGAAGGGGAACACGGAAAAAAGAAAAAAAAAGACCGAGACGGGAGAAAAAAGGGGCAAAAGGGGGGAAAAGGAGAGGACAGGGGAGAAAGGGAGCGGCAAAAAAGCAGGGCAAAAGACCGAAAAGGGAAGGGGGAGGGGGGGGGGCACCGCAGACAGGGGAGGGGCCGCCGGCCACAGCCCAACGGGGGCCGAAGGCGCGGGAGGGGGGGGGGAGGCACCCCCCGGGGGGGCCAGCAAGGCCGGGGCCGGGGCAGGCGCGAGGCCAGAGGGGGCAGCGGGAGAGCAGGCGAAGAAGCGGGGGAGCCCCCGCGCCACCGCGACCGCGCGAGGCAACAGCGAAAAAAAGGCGCGGGCGGGGGGACCCGGGGGGCCCAGCCCGGGCCCGGGGGGCCCAGGCCAGGGCCAGGGGGACAGGGCAAGGAAAGGAGCCGGGGGGGAGCCCAAGGCGGGGCGGGGGAAAGGGACGCGGGGGCAAGGGGGGGCAGGGCAGGGGGGGGGCGCGGGCCGAGGGGCGAGGGGCCAGGGGAGGCACGGGGCGGCGGGAGGGGGGGGCGAAGAGGGCCAGCCAACGCGGCGGGCAGGACCGCAACGCCGACGACGAACGCAGGGCGAGGGGGGCCGAGCCCCAGGCGGGGAGGAGCAAGGGGAGGCGGGGGCAAGGCGGCGGGGGGCAGGCGAGGGCCGGGCGGGGGGCAACGGGCGGGCGGAAAGGCGAGGCAAGGGGCAGGGGGGAGGGCCGGGGGGCAGAGACGGGGAGGCGGGGGGGCGGGCGACAGGGCGGAAGCGAGGGGGGCGAAGGCGGGGCCGGGGGGGGCAAAGGGAAGCCGGGGCAAGGGGGGAGGCCGCACGCGGAACACAGGCGGACGGGCGAGGCAACCGGGCGGAGGGGGGCCGGGGGGGGAGGCCGGCGGCGGGGGGGGGACGGGCCGCGGGGGCGGGGAGGGACGGCGGGGCGGGGGGGGGGCAAGACCGAGGCGGGGGGAGGAGCGGGGGGCGAAGGCGGGGGCAAGGCGGGGCGAGGGCGGGGGGAGGGCGGGGGAGAGAAGGCCGGGCGCAAGCCGAGGGGCGAGGGGCGGGGAGGCACAGGCGGCGGCAGAAGGGCAAGGGCCGGGGGGGCGGGGGCGCACGGGGGCGCGGGCCGAGGGGGCCCACGGGGGGGGGCGGGGGCGGAGGCGGGGGGAGGAGCCGGGGGCGGCGACGGGGGCAACACGGGCGAGGGCGGAGGGGAGGGCGGGGCGGGGCAGGCCACCGGGGCGCCGAACCGACGCAGGAGCGGGCGAGGCAGAGGGGGAAGGAGGGGACGGCGAGGGGCGGGGGGGCGGGGAGGGGACGCGCACGGGGCCCCACGCGGGCCCGCCAGGCGGGGGCGGGGCGAAGGGGGAGGGGAGGAGCGCGGGGGCCACGGGGGGGGAGGCAACGCGAGGGCGGGGGGAAGGCAGGGCACCGCGGGCCGGGCGGAAGCCGGCGGGCGAGCAGCCGAGGCAAGGGGGGGACGGAGGGGGAGGCCGGGGGCGGAAGGGAGGGCGGGGGCGGCAGAAGCGAACGGGCCAGGCAGAACGGGGGGCAGGGCAGGAGGGGCAGGGGCCCGCCCGCGCCGAGGCAGCCGCGCGCACAGCGGGGCGGGCAAGGGCGCCAGGGGGCGGGGCGGCAGCCCGGCGGGCGGGCGCGCGGCGGGGGGCAGGGCGGCGCGGGGGGGCGGCGCAGGGACGGGGGGCGCAGGAGCGGGGACGAGAGCGGGGCGGCGGGCAGGCGCGGGGCGGGAGCAGCGAACGGGGGCGCGCGAGCCCGGGCAGGCGCGGCCCGAGAGCGGAGCGCGCCGCGGGGCAACGAAGGGGGCCGGGGGGCAGACCCACAGAAGCGGAAGGCGAAAGGGGGAGGGCCAGGGGGCGCGCGGCGCCCCCGGCGGAGCGCGAAGCGGACCCCGGAGCGGCAGCCGGGGGCCAAGCAGGCCGGGAGGGGCGGCCGGGGCCCAGGGACGGGCGCGGGGCGCGCGGAGGCGGAAGGGGAGGCGGGAGGAGGGAGGCGGCGCCGGCCAGAAGCCCAAGGAGCCCAGCGGGAACAGAACGACCGGCGCGCCCGGCGCGAACCCCCGGCAGGCGGGGGCCGCCGGGCGGGCGACGACGGCGCGAAGGAAGGCGACCGGGGGGAGCCGGCCAGGAGGCAGAGGCGGGGCGCAAAGAGGAAGCCAGGCAGGGGGAAGGAGGAACGAAGGCAGACGGGGAAACGGCGAAGGGCGCAGGAAAGCAGGGAGAGGGGGGGAGGGGAGCGGCGACGCGGAGAACCGGAGGAAGGCGAGAGCGAAGACGGGCAACAAACCCCGACGGCGGGAAGGGAGGCAGGGAGGAGAGAAAAGGGCGACGCGGGCGCGGCCCGGGGCGCGGAGGAGGCAGGAGAACGCGACGGAGCGCACGGCCAGCGGGCCGGCGACGCAGCAGGCAAAGGGCGGCCCGAGCAACGGGCGAGGGGAGGAGAGAGGCCGACCAGGGGGGGACGGGGGACGGAGAAGGAGGGGGCGAGGCCGGAGAGGGAGCCGGAGAAACGGCGACCACAGCCAAGGAAGGCAGCAGGCGCGCAAAGGACCCAAGCCGGACACGGGGAGGGAGGGACAAGAAAGAACAAGACCGGGCGCGGCGAGGCGGGGAAGGGGAAGGAGGACAAGCGAAAGCCCGGAACGAGGAGCCAGGGGAGGGCAAGGCGGGGGCCAGCAGCCGCGGGAAGGCCAGCGCCAAGAGCGGAGAGGGAAGGGGGGCAGGGAAAAAGCGCGGAGGGGGACCGGGGGGGGGCGACCGGGCCGCCGCGCGGGGGGCACCGGGCGGCGCGGCCCGGCGGCCGGCGAGGCGCGCCGGGCCGGAACGGGCCGGGGCGGGCCGCCGGCGCGGGGACGGGGAAGAAAGGAGAGGGCGCAAAGCAAGCCGACGCGCGGGAGACAGGAGCAGGGGAGAACAGCAGAGGAGGGCGGGCCGAGGCGGGGGCCGGCGGGAGCGGAGGAAGGAGGAACAGGGACAGGCGGGGGCAGGCGGAGGGCAGAGGCAGAGGGGAAAGGCGGGGAGGGAGGAAAGACGAACAACGGCGAAAGCAGGGGCCAAGGAGGGGGCAGGAAGCAAGAACGAAAGGGGGGGCGCGAAGACGAGCAGAGACCGGCCGAGGCGCAACCAGAAACGAGGCCGACCAGGGAGCGGCGGAGGGGGCGGGGAGGACGCCGCCGGCACCGGAGGAGAAAGCAAAGGCGGGGGGGCCGGGGGAGGAGGGGCGCAAGGCGGAAACGGAAAGGAAGGGACGGAAGGGCACCACCAGGAGGGGAGCCGGCGGCGGAAGGGGACGCAACACGGGGAAACGGACCAGGGCCAGACAGAGGAAGGAGGGACAGACGGAGAGCGCGGGCGGGAGGCGAGGGGGGGGGGCAGGGCCGGGCGGAGGGGGGGAGCGAGGGGCGGGGGAAGGCCGGGAACGAACGAGACCGCAGCCGGCGAACGAGCGAGGCGGAGGGGACCCGCCGCGGCCAGCGGCGGAGAGGGACGAGGGCCGGGGAGGCCAAGGAAGGGGAGGCAAGAACAGGGCGGGGAGGCCCGGAGAGGGGCGGGGCCGCACGCGCGCGACACGGAGGGAGGCAACGAGGCGAGAGCCGGGGCCGACAGGCCCGGGGAAGCGGGGAAAGGGCAGCGGGAGGGGAGAGAGCAGGGCAAGGGGGGGCGGCAACGAGGAAGGCCGAGGAAGCGCGAGGCAGCAGCGCGCGGGGACGACGGCCCGGCCCGGGGACACACCGCCCGGCGCGCCGACCGAGGGAAGGGGCCGGGGAAGGGGCGGAGCGCGGCGACGGGGGCGGGGCGCCGCCGGCGACGGCGCGAGAAGGCCACGGAACCGGAGCAGGGAGAGGAAGGAGAAGGCGGAACAAGGGGGCCGGAGGGGAACCGGCGGAAGGAGCAGGGGCGAAACCGGCGCGGCAGCACGACCCGCGAACGGGGGCACAAACAGCCGGGGCCGCGGGGGGCGGCGGCCCCCCGCGGCCGCCAAGGGCGGGGAGGCAGGCCGGGGCGGAGGCCGGCCCGCGCCCCGCGGGCGCGCCGCGGCCGCAACAACCAACCCCGGCGCGAGAAGCGCCAAGGAACAGGAAACGAAGAGAGGGCGCGCCCGGGCGGGACGCGCCGGCCGCGGGCGAGAACCAAAACGACGCGCGGCAACGGAGAGCGCGGCGCGCGCAGCGAGGAAGAACGCAGCAAAAGGCGAGACGGGGGGGAAGGGCAGAAGCCCGCGAACCAGCGAGGGGGGAACGCAAGGGGCGCCCGAAGCCAGCCGGCCGAGGGCACGGCGGCCGGGGGGCACGCAACCGGCGCCGCCAACCCCGGCGCCCCGGGGCGGGGGCGCGGGGCGGACGGGGCCGCCCGGGGGCAGCGCGCACGCGGCGGGCCCAAAAGCAGAGGCCGCGGCGGCGAGCGCCACGGCGAGCGGGGGGGGAAGACCCGCGGACACGGCCGGGGCGAACGGCGGCCGAACGGGACCCCGAGACCCCCGAGCGGGCCCAACGGAACGCGCCGACCGCGACCCCAGGGCAGGCGGGAACACCCGCGGAGGGGAAGCAGAGCAAGAAGCGGAGGAAAAGAAACGGACCAGGAGGCCCCGAGGAACGGCGAGCGAACCGGGAAGAGCCCAGCGGGAGAAGCGGGCGCCCGCGGCGGCCGAAGGGGAGGCGGGAGAAGCGGCCGCAGCGGCGGACCGGGCCCAAGGCCCCGGGAAGGGGGCGCCGGAGAGGGGGAGAGCCCCGGCGGGCCCGGACCCGGGCGCACCACGAGGCGCGGGCGGCGAGGCGGGGGGGGGAAGGCAGCCCAAAGCGGGCGGGAAAGGCCGGCCAAGGCGAAAGACGGGCGAGAGACCGAGAGCGAACAAGGACCGCGAGGGAAAGAGGAAAAGGACGGGGAAAAGAGAGGCAAAGAGGGCGGGAAAGGGGCGGGAGGGAAGCGGAGGGGGGCCGGCGAGGCGCCCCGGGCGGAGGGGGAACGGCGACGAGCCGGGCCGCCGAGCGGCGCGGGGCGCGGACCGACGCGGAGCGCAGCGGCGGCCCAAGCCCGGGCCGGAGAAACGCGCGCGGAGACGCCGGCGCAGCGAGGGGGACCACAGCGCGCGCCGGCAAGGCGGGGCGCGGCACCCGCGCGCGCCGGGCGGCGGCCAGCGGGCGCCCCAGGCGGCCCGGCGGGAAACACGGACCAAGGAGGCGGACAGGGGGGCGAGGCAACGGGCGAGGAAACCCGGAAGGCGCAAGGAAGCGGACGGGCGGGAGCCCCGCGAGGGGGGCACCGCCGACCGACCGCGAGCGGCGGAGAAGGGGGCGAGGGAGAGCAGGCCGGGCGGGACCCGAAAGAGGGGGAACGAGGCCGGAGCGGGGCGAAGCCAGAGGAAACGCGGGGGGAGGCCCGCAGCGAGACGGACGGGCAAAGCGGGCGGCGGACGGGGGAGAGGGGCGAAAGACGAAGCGAACCGGCGAGGAGCGGGGGCCCGCCGAAGGGGCCCGCAGGAGAGCGGGAGCGCGGGACGAGGGCGAGCGGGGAAAGCCAAGGAGGAGAGGCAGCGGGGGCGCAACGCCCGCGACCGAGGCGCAAACGGGAAAGAGGGAGGACGGCGCGGCGGCGGCGGGGAGCCGCGCCACGGAAGCGAGAGCGCCAAGGGGGCCAGGGGGGGAAGCAGAACGGGCGAGGCGGGAGGAACCGGAAGCCGGGGACGGGGCCCAACGGCGCGCGAACCGAGAACCCACAAAGGGGGGGGCGAGGAAGACAGCAGGACGGGGGCAGGGAAGGCGAAAGCCGCGAAGGAGGGGGAACAACGCACCGGCCGAAGCAACGAGCCCCGAAAAGGGAGGGCGCGGAAGCGCGCGACCGAGACCCGGCCGGCGGGGCAAGAGCCAGGCCCCGAGGAGGAGGAGGGCGCGGCGGGCGCGGCAAAACCCGGGGCGCGAGCCCGGGCGGAGCGGCCGGCGGGGCAGAGCGGGGGGGAGGAGCAAAGAGGCAAAGGAGAACGGGGAAGGCCGAAGAGGGGAAAGGGGCCAGGGGAACGGCACGGGCACAGGGGGAGGCGAGCCGAAGAGACGGGGGAAGCCCGGCCGACAGCGCGGCCGCGCGCGAGCGGCGAAAGGGAAGCGGGGGAAAAGGCCCGAACCGGGACGGGGCGGCGGACGGCGACGGGAGGGAGGCCGGAGACGGCGGCGGGGGCCGCGGGAAGAGGGAGCGGGGCGGGGAACAGCCCGCCCACCCGGGAAACGACGCAGGCGGAGGGAGGGGCCAGCGGCGGGAAGAGCACCGCACGGCGCGCGGGGGCCGGGGCGCCCCCGGCGGCCCAGGAAAAGCCGGAGGACCGAGGGCCGCCCACGCCCGGGCGGACGCAGAACCGCAGCAGGGCGCCAAGGGGAACAGCCGCGGGCCAAGGGAACAAGGGAGGCAAGGGAAGGCGGCAAAAGGGAGCCGGAACCGCGGGAAAAGGAGGGGCGCGGAGGGCGGGGCCCGGGGGGCCCAGGCCCGAACCCGGCGGCGGGCGGCGGACGGCGCGAGCGGCGCCCGCGGCGAGAGCGGGGCGCCGCGGGCCGGCCGGGGGACGGACGGGGAACGGCCCCGCCGGGGGCCGGCCCCGGGCGGCGAACAGGCGACGCAGAACGGGGACGGACAAGGGGAAGCCGACGGGGGAAGGAAAACAAAGCAGGGCGAGGGGCCCGGCGGAGGCGCACGCAAGGGGAGGGCGGCCCAGGGCGCGGAAGGGCAAAGGGAAGAAAGGCAACCAAGCGCGGGGAAACGGCGGGAGGAACGAGGACGCGCGGAAGGGAGCCAAAGGCCGCGGCAGCGAAGGAGGGACGCGCAGGAAGGGAGGAACGAGAGGCCCACGGGCCCGGGCGACGAGCCAGCGAAACCACAGCCAAGGGAACGGGCGGGGCGGAAGCAGCGGGGAAAGAAGACCCGGGGGAGCGGGACGCGAGGCCGACGGGGGAAAGGACGGGAGAGGGGAGGAGAAGGGGAGCCGGAAACGGCGACGGGGAAAGACCACGACGGGGAACGGGAGGGACGGAGGCCGGGAAGCGGAGGCGGGGCGGCGCCCCGCGGGGGGACCCAAGGCCGCCACGGCGGCCGAGCCGGGCGGAAGACAGGGGCAGGGGGGAGGGGGCGGGGCGGCACAGCGGGGAAAAGAGAACGCAGGGGGCCGAAGAGGAGCGCAACGAGAACAGAAAGCGCGGGGGAACAAAAGGGGAAAAGCGCGGGGGAGGCGGAGGGCCAGGACGAAGACGAACCGGGAAAGCGGGGCCGAGCGAGCCGGGAGACCGGCGGAAGGGGAAGCGAGAGGGGGCAGAAAAGGGACCACAGGGAGAACGGGCGGGGGGCAGCCAAGCGGGCAGAGCGACGGGGCGGGGGAGCCGGCGAGGGCGGCGCGGCCGAGCAGGGGGAAGCAGAAGGCACCAAGGGGGGAGGGGGCACCCACCAAGAGGGAACGGGAGCGGGGGGAGACCGGCGGGAGACAGGGGAGGGGACCCGACGGAGGACCGCGGCGCGAGGGGAAGGCAACCGAGGACGAGAGGAACCGGGGAGGCGCACAAGGGGGCAGCGCGCGGGGGGAAAAGCCAGGGGCGCGAAGCGACCGGGCGCGGGAGGAGGACGGAACGCCGCGAAGGCAGAAGCCGGGCCAGAAGCGACGCCGGGGGCCGCCGCCCGGGGGCCGACCCGCAGGAGGGGCCCGCCGGCCCCCAAAGGCACGGGCCGGGGGCCAAGCCCGCGCGGCGGACGAGCCGCGCGGGCCGCCGGGAAGGACAAGGCCCACCGGGCGGCGGGCGGAAGCCGGGGCAGACGACGGAAAGACGCGACGGGGAGGGAAGGGGCAGAGGGGCCGGGCGGCCACGAGCCACGGAGAGGCAGCCCGGGGGCGCGCCGAGGCGGCCCGCCCCCCGCGGCCCCGCCAACGGCCCGCCCGGAGGCACCGAGGGGACGCCCCCCGCCCCGAGAGCACCACGCGGGCACCAAGGCCCCAGAGGCCCGAGAGCACGACGGCGCACGGCCGGCGAGGCGCAAGGCCCGAAGCGGGAGGCCAAGGCCGAAGACGGGCCAGGGGCAAACCACCGGGCACGGGACGGGGCCAACACGCAACCAGGAGGGGGACGGGGACAGGGGCAACAGCGGGCGGGCAACACAGGAGAAAAACAGCCCCAACAACCCGCGAGGGGGGCGCACGGGCGGGGACGGACACGGGCCGGCAGCGCACGGACAAGGCGAGCCGAGGGGGGAGGCGCGCCGGCGCACCAAGGCGAGGAGCCAAGGAGGGGCACACAGCCAGAGGGGGGAGGCGGGGAGCCAACAGCGCAAAAGAGGGGGGAGAGCAAAGAGCACGACCGCCCCCAGCCACGGGGCCGAGGGGAGAACAGCCAGGCCCAAAGGGGGCAACAACCGGGACAGAGCCCAAGGCGCCGGGCAAAGGGGAAGGAAAGCACCAAAGAACAACGCAAAGAAAGGGAGAAGAGGGGGCGAAGGCGGCACAAAAAAGGGGGGAGGGGCGGACGGGGGGCGAGGGGGAGGAGGGGGGAAGGGGAACACGGAAAAAAGAAAAAAAAGACCGAGACGCGAGAAAAAAGGGGCAAAAGGGGGGAAAAGGAGAGGACAGGGGAGAAAGGGAGCGGCAAAAAAGCAGGGCAAAAGACCGAAAAGGGAAGGGGGAGGGGGGGGGCACCGCAGACAGGGGGAGGGGCCGCCGGCCACAGCCCAACGGGGCCGAAGGCGCGGGAGGGGGGGGGGGAGGCACCCCCCGGGGGGGCCAGCAAGGCCGGGGCCGGGGCAGGCGCGAGGCCAGACGGGGGCAGCGGGAGAGCCGGCAAAGAAGCGGGGGAGCCCCCGCGCCACCGCGACCGCGCGAGGGGACAGCAAAGCGAACCGGGGCGAAGCGAGGCGGAGAAAAAGGGAGGGCGAGCGAACCGAGCGGAGGCGGGGCGGGGGGGGGGGGAGGGGAGGGGGAAGGGGCACACCGGAGGGCGAAGAGGCGAAAAGGGAAGGGAAAGAGGGGAAGGGGAGGAGGGGGAAGCGCCCGGGAGGAGGGAAAAGAAGAAGAGACGGGAGCAAGAAGGGGGGAGGCGAGGGGGGGGAAGGGGAGCGAAGCGAACCAGAGGAAGGAACAGCCCAAAGACCAGGGCGCGGCGCCGCGCCAACGGGCCCGGGGCGCAGGGCGGCGGCACGGGGAACGGGGCGCAGGAAGGCGCCGACGGGCCCGGGGCGCCGGGCGGCGGCACGGGAAACGGGGCGCAGGAAGGCGCCGACGGGCCCGGGGCGCCGGGCGGCGGCACGGGGAACGGGGCGCAGGAAGGCGCCACCGGGCCCGGAGCGAAGGGCGCCCACGCCCAGGAGCAGCCAAGGGGCCCGGGGCGCCCGCCGGCGGGGCCCAGGGCGCCCCAAGGAGCCCGGGGGGCAACGGGGGGGGAGGCGAGGGGCACAGGGGGGCAAAAGGAGGGGAGCAGGGGGAAACAAGGAGAGCCCGGGGGCCAACCACCAGGCCAAAAGAGGGGCACGCGGGCAAGGAAGGGGACACGGCAACGAGCAAAGCGGGCCAGGGGGGCGGGACGGAACAAGCGCAAGCGGGAAGACGGAGACAAGGACAAGAGCGGGCAACACACGAGAAAAAAGAGGGACCAACAGGGGGCAAGGGGGGCGCACAGGCGGGGACGCACACGGGCCAGCAGCGCAGAGGCAAGGAAAAGCGAGGGAGGGAGGCGCGGGACGCAGGGAGACGAGGAACCAAGGAGGGCAACCGCGAGGAGGGGGAGCGAGGGAGCGCACAGGGCAAAAAGAACACGAAACAAGAGGGGGGAGAGCAAGAGCACGACCGCCGCCAGGGACGGGCCGAGAGCCACCAGGCAGGCCCAAAAGGGGCAAGAAGGGGACACAAGCCAAGGCGCGGGGAAAAGGGGGAAAAAAGCACCAAAGGACAACGCAAGGAAAGGGGGAGAGGGGGCGAAGGGGCCACACAAAAGGGGGGAGGGGCGGACGAGGGAGGGGGGGAGGAGGGGCGGAAGGGGAACACGGAAAAAAGAAAAAAAAAGACCGAGACGGGAGAAAAAAGGCGCAAAAGGGGGGAAAAGGAGAGGAGAGGCGGCGAAAGAGAGCGGCAAAAGAGCAGGGCAAAAGACCGAAAAGGGAAGGGGGAGGGGGGGGCACGGCAAACAGGGGCAGGGCACCGCAGGGAGGGGCAGGGCACCCCAGGCAGGGGCAGGGCGCCGGGCAAAGGGGAAGAAAAGCACCAAAGAACAACGCAAAGAAAGGGAGAAGAGGGGCGAAGGGGCCACAAAAAAGGGGGGAGGGGCGGACGGGGGGCGAGGGGGAGGAGGGGGGAAGGGGAACACGGAAAAAAGAAAAAAAAAGACCGAGACGCGAGAAAAAAGGGGCAAAAGGGGGGAAAAGGAGAGGACAGGGGAGAAAGGGAGCGGCAAAAAAGCAGGGCAAAAGACCGAAAAGGGAAGGGGGAGGGGGGGGGGCACCGCAGACAGGGGGAGGGGCCGCCGGCCACAGCCCAACGGGGCCGAAGGCGCGGGAGGGGGGGGGGAGGCACCCCCCGGGGGGGCCAGCAAGGCCGGGGCCGGGGCAGGCGCGAGGCCAGAGGGGGCAGCGGGAGAGCAGGCGAAGAAGCGGGGAGCCCCCGCGCCACCGCGACCGCGCGAGGCAACAGCGAAAAAAAGGCGCGGGCGGGGGGACCCGGGGGGCCCAGCCCGGGCCCGGGGGGCCCAGGCCAGGGCCAGGGGGGACAGGGCAAGGAAAGGAGCCGGGGGGGAGCCCAAGGCGGGGGCGGGGAAAGGGACGCGGGGGCAAGGGGGGCAGGGCAGGGGGGGGGGCCCGGGCCGAGGGGCGAGGGCCAGGGGAGGCACGGGGCGGCGGGAGGGGGGGGCGAAGAGGGCCAGCCAACGCGGCGGGCAGGACCGCAACGCCGACGACGAACGCAGGGCGAGGGGGCCGAGCCCCAGGCGGGGAGGAGCAAGGGGAGGCGGGGGCAAGGCGGCGGGGGGCAGGCGAGGGCCGGGCGGGGGGCAACGGGCGGGCGGAAAGGCGAGGCAAGGGGCAGGGGGGAGGGCCGGGGGGCAGAGACGGGGGAGGCGGGGGGCGGGCGACAGGGCGGAAGCGAGGGGGGCGAAGGCGGGGCCGGGGGGGGCAAAGGGAAGCCGGGGCAAGGGGGGAGGCCGCACGCGGAACACAGGCGGACGGGCGAGGCAACCGGGCGGAGGGGGGCCGGGGGGGGAGGCCGGCGGCGGGGGGGGACGGGCCGCGGGGCGGGAGGGACGGCGGGGCGGGGGGGGCAAGACCGAGGCGGGGGGAGGAGCGGGGGGCGAAGGCGGGGGCAAGGCGGGGCGAGGGCGGGGGGAGGGCGGGGGAGAGAAGGCCGGGCGCAAGCCGAGGGGCGAGGGGCGGGGAGGCACAGGCGGCGGCAGAAGGGCAAGGGCCGGGGGGCGGGGGCGCACGGGGGCGCGGGCCGAGGGGCCCACGGGGGGGGGCGGGGGCGGAGGCGGGGGGAGGAGCCGGGGGCGGCGACGGGGGCAACACGGGCGAGGGCGGAGGGGAGGGCGGGGCGGGGCAGGCCACCGGGGGCGCCGAACCGACGCAGGAGCGGGCGAGGCAGAGGGGAAGGAGGGGACGGCGAGGGGCGGGGGGCGGGGAGGGGACGCGCACGGGGCCCCACGCGGGCCCGCCAGGCGGGGGCGGGGCGAAGGGGAGGGGAGGAGCGCGGGGCCACGGGGGGGAGGCAACGCGAGGGCGGGGGGAAGGCAGGGCACCGCGGGCCGGGCGGAAGCCGGCGGGCGAGCAGCCGAGGCAAGGGGGGGACGGAGGGGGAGGCCGGGGGCGGAAGGGAGGGCGGGGGCGGCAGAAGCGAACGGGCCAGGCAGAACGGGGGCAGGGCAGGAGGGGCAGGGGCCCGCCCGCGCCGAGCCAGCCGCGCGCACAGCGGGGCGGGCAAGGGCGCCAGGGGGCGGGGCGGCAGCCCGGCGGGCGGGCGCGCGGCGGGGGCAGGGCGGCGCGGGGGGGCGGCGCAGGGACGGGGGGCGCAGGAGCGGGACGAGAGCGGGGCGGCGGGCAGGCGCGGGGCGGGAGCAGCGAACGGGGGCGCGCGAGCCCGGGCAGGCGCGGCCCGAGAGCGGAGCGCGCCGCGGGGCAACGAAGGGGGCCGGGGGGCAGACCCACAGAAGCGGAAGGCGAAAGGGGGGAGGGCCAGGGGGCGCGCGGCGCCCCCGGCGGAGCGCGAAGCGGACCCCGGAGCGGCAGCCGGGGGCCAAGCAGGCCGGGAGGGGCGGCCGGGGCCCAGGGACGGGCGCGGGGCGCGCGGAGGCGGAAGGGGAGGCGGGAGGAGGGAGGCGGCGCCGGCCAGAAGCCCAAGGAGCCCAGCGGGAACAGAACGACCGGCGCGCCCGGCGCGAACCCCCGGCAGGCGGGGGCCGCCGGGCGGGCGACGACGGCGCGAAGGAAGGCGACCGGGGGGAGCCGGCCAGGAGGCAGAGGCGGGGCGCAAAGAGGAAGCCAGGCAGGGGAAGGAGGAACGAAGGCAGACGGGGAAACGGCGAAGGGCGCAGGAAAGCAGGGAGAGGGGGGGAGGGAGCGGCGACGCGGAGAACCGGAGGAAGGCGAGAGCGAAGACGGGCAACAAACCCCGACGGCGGGAAGGGAGGCAGGGAGGAGAGAAAAGGGCGACGCGGGCGCGGCCCGGGGCGCGGAGGAGGCAGGAGAACGCGACGGAGCGCACGGCCAGCGGGCCGGCGACGCAGCAGGCAAAGGGCGGCCCGAGCAACGGGCGAGGGGAGGAGAGAGGCCGACCAGGGGGGGACGGGGGACGGAGAAGGAGGGGGCGAGGCCGGAGAGGGAGCCGGAGAAACGGCGACCACAGCCAAGGAAGGCAGCAGGCGCGCAAAGGACCCAAGCCGGACACGGGGAGGGAGGGACAAGAAAGAACAAGACCGGGCGCGGCGAGGCGGGGAAGGGAAGGAGGACAAGCGAAAGCCCGGAACGAGGAGCCAGGGGAGGGCAAGGCGGGGGCCAGCAGCCGCGGGAAGGCCAGCGCCAAGAGCGGAGAGGGAAGGGGGCAGGGAAAAGCGCGGAGGGGGACCGGGGGGGGCGACCGGGCCGCCGCGCGGGGGCACCGGGCGGCGCGGCCCGGCGGCCGGCGAGGCGCGCCGGGCCGGAACGGGCCGGGGCGGGCCGCCGGCGCGGGGACGGGGAAGAAAGGAGAGGGCGCAAAGCAAGCCGACGCGCGGGAGACAGGAGCAGGGAGAACAGCAGAGGAGGGCGGGCCGAGGCGGGGGCCGGCGGGAGCGGAGGAAGGAGGAACAGGGACAGGCGGGGCAGGCGGAGGGCAGAGGCAGAGGGGAAGGCGGGGAGGGAGGAAAGACGAACAACGGCGAAAGCAGGGGCCAAGGAGGGGGCAGGAAGCAAGAACGAAGGGGGGGCGCGAAGACGAGCAGAGACCGGCCGAGGCGCAACCAGAAACGAGAGGCCGACCAGGAGCGGCGGAGGGGGCGGGGAGGACGCCGCCGGCACCGGAGGAGAAAGCAAAGUGUGAGAUAAAAUAG